GAUCAUGAACCUGGUGGGGGGCUACCAGCAUCACCACCACCACCACCAUCACCACCACAUGCUGCACGACCCUUUCCUCUUCGGGCCGGCGGCGCGGUGCCACCAGGAGCGCGCCUACUUCCCCGGCUGGGUGCUCAACCCGGCCGAGGCCACCCCCGAGCUCGCCGGGCAGAGCCCCAACUACGGCCCCGCCGAGUAUGGCCCGGCCGGCCCGGGGCGGCUGGAGGCUCUCAGCGGCCGCCUGGGACGGCGAAAAGGCGUCGGGGCACCCAAGAAGGAGCGGCGGAGGACGGAGAGCAUCAACAGCGCCUUCGCCGAGCUCCGCGAGUGCAUCCCCAACGUGCCCGCCGACACCAAGCUCUCCAAGAUCAAGACCCUGCGCCUGGCCACCAGCUACAUCGCCUACCUGAUGGAGGUGCUGGCCAAGGACAGCCAGCCCGGCGACACCGAGGGCUUCAAAGCCGAACUCAAGAAGGCGGACGGCAGGGAGAACAAGAGGAAAAGGGAGACGCAGCCCGAGGUCUAUUCGCAACCUCUGGGGCACGGCGAGAAGAAGCUGAAGGGCCGGACGGGCUGGCCCCAGCAGGUCUGGGCUCUGGAACUGAACCCCUGAGAGCCGCCCCGCCCGCCCCUCCAUGUGCAAUGUCGGAGAGAGCCCAGCCCGGCCCGGAGCCCAUCCAGGCGCAGGAAUCGGGGAGCCGGCCCGGCCGCCCCCGCCCGGACGGAUGCUCCCCGAGCUCUGCGGGCUCGCUCCUGCCCGCCUCGAAGGCAGCGGGGCCCAGCCGGGCCCUUUCCCCGUCCCCUUCCCGCAUUUCAGUAAUCGUUGCUCCCUCCCGCUGCCUGCAGCGAGCGGCGGCUCCUGCUCCGCCGGGCCGGACUGGACGCUUCGAUUCGUUCGCUGUUGUAAAUACGAGCCCCCGAUCCCCUG